AUGCCUGCCUACCAUUCCGUCUUCCUCGAUGAGCCCAACCAGCAGCUCAUUGGAAACUUCGCACUCCUUCCUCUUCGCACACGAACACGUGGCCCGGCCAUCCAAUUACCUGCCCUCCCCGCCGAUGUCACAGAGCUCACCAUUGAUGCCUCACACGAGUCGUACGAUCCACUGGAUGAAAUAAUCGCUCUCUUCCGCGCCAACACAUUCUUCCGCAACUUCGAAAUCAAGGGUCCUGCAGAUAGGGUGCUGAUUUAUGGCAUCUUGUACGUGAGUGAGGUAUUGAGCAAGAUCAAGCCGAGUAUGGGACGGCGGGAGGCUGAGAAGGCUGUCAUGAAUCUCGCGCUCGACACCAACUUUGCGAUCCCAGGCGAUGCUGGAUUUCCACUAAACCAAGCUUUUGAGCCGCCGCCGGAUAGGAACCAGGCGGAAGUGCUGCGACAGUACAUUAUGCAGAUGAGACAAGAGCUGGCAACAAGAUUACUGAACAGGGUAUAUGCAGAUGAAACCAACACACCCAGCAAGUGGUGGCUGAGCUACACAAAGAGGAAGUUCAUGGGCAAAGCAUUGUAG